AUGGAGGUCUACGGGAUAGUUGCACUUUUAACUGUGAUUUUGUUUGACAUUGCUUGCGGACAGAACUGCGUCGGGCGUGUCGAUGGAGUGUACGACGCCGGCUGUCGCGCCUAUACAACUUGUAAAAGCGGCGUAGGCACCAUAACUGAAUGCAGCAAGCCUAUGGUUUUUAACAGACUUACGAACCAGUGCGACGAUCCUGCCAAUGUGAAAGAAAUUUGUGGUACAUUCCGAGAUUGUGUCGGGCGAGACAACGGAAGAUACCCGGAUGUUGACCGGAAAUGCCUGUAUUAUUUCACUUGCUAUGUAGGAAAGUUCAUGGGACACAACCCUUGCCCUGCUGGACUAGUAUUUAACUAUGCUUUACAAACAUGUGACUAUAUAACAGAUAUUGGACCGCCAUGCGGAAUUAACCCAAACAUGACCUCGAGUCCGCUAGGUCUCAUCGGGUGACCUAGAUCUGCUGACCUAGAUUUAUUUUGUAUUCUCCUUUCUUAAUACUUUGUAAGGUAAUUUGAAUUUAUGUGUUCAUACAUGCAAUUGCAGCAAGAUAGGUUUUACAGCAUGUGUUGCGAUACGAAACAAUGUUGUAUUAAGCUAUGAAUUUUGAGGAAUGGAAUCUUGUCAGAAUUCAGACAAUUUAGAAGAUAUGCACCAACAGUACAUACAGUUUCUUCUGUAGCAAUGUAUCACUUCAUUCCCUGUAUUGAAAACAUUAAAAGAAAUGUCUCGAGUAAAACGAUUCUAAACUCCCAACAGAUUCUAAAAUAUAAGAAUAAGUUUUGAUAGGCAAAACUAAAAGAAUUUACAUGAUAUUUUUCAUCAACUACUCUUCUGAAAAAGGAGAGGAUAAGUGAAGUGUAUUCAAUAUAGGUUUUAUUUCCCACUAAUGAGACUCUUAUUUUAAAAAAACCCAACUUUAUAUUGUGCGACAUUUAGAAUUCCAUGUCUCACUAUUGUGUAUUUCAUACAAUAGAAUAAGAUUUUCUUCGGGGAAGGUCCCUCAUGGGAGAGAAGGGGUAACCCUGUUCCUGCUUUCCGCACAUCAGCUGAAGUUCCCGGCUUCUGAUUAGCCUAUAUAUGAUCUGAUUAGUCAGCAACAAGUACAUUAUAAAAUAUAACAUAUUAAUACGAUAUUUCAUAAUGUACUCUAUUGCUGAUUCUGCCGAAAAUACAGUCCCAUGUAAGUGAUAGAUAUUAGAACUGUAGACAAGAAAAAAGGGUCCCACGAUCAUAUGUUGAAACCUAAAGAAAACACCAAUACAUACACAUCUUUUAAUUUGUCCGAACUGAAUUCUAACAGGACUGAAAUCCAUCCUUAGAUACACACGACUGGAGCUGAAAGAUGCAUUCUCUCAUUUCAUUGCAGUUUUGUUUUAAUAUGACAUAUUAACCUGUACAAAGAAUAAAAGUUGAAUUAAUUUAUCUAAUUCCUUGGCUUGUCGGGCAAUUCACAAGUGAAUGCGUAAUGUAGUGGAUAGUAAUUAAAGUUUUCGAACCUUUCACCUAAUUUUCUAUUCGUUAGAAACCGUUUCUGUGUUUUGAUGAGAUGCGUACUUCAAAGAACGGUUGGCAAUUCGUCACGUGAAGACAAAUUGAUUUUGACACACGAAUGGAAUAAUGCUACACCUGAUCAAUAAUAAGCGAUAAAGAGGCAAUGGGUGUCAGCCCGUGAUAGAACUAGCAAUGUAGUGUGAUGAUUUAGUGUAUUAAGGAUUUAUGGCCGUGUUCACUAAAGGCCAAGGUCUAUUAGACAGUUUUCUUUAAAGAUUGUUUAAAAACACACCCAGAAAAAAAAUUGUAA